GAAAGCCGAACCAGUUUCUCGGAUUUUUCCGGCGACAGCGAUGGAGGUUGAGGUGAACGAGGAGACGCUGAAAUCCGCCGGUGCAGAGAUUUUGCCCGACGGACGCCGAGGCUUGCGCAUCCAUGGUUGGGAGAUCGAGUCUCUCCGUGGCUCGAUCCUCAACUCUCUCGCUCUUCAACAGUGGGAAGAAAAGCUUCAGACAUCUCAUUUACCGGAGAUGGUAUUUGGCGACAAUGCUUUAGUCCUAAAACACAUAAGAAGCGACACUAAGAUCCAUUUUAAUGCCUUUGACGCACUCAUCGGUUGGAAGCAGGAAGGGUUGCCUCCUGUUGAGGUUCCCGCUGCUGCACAGUGGAAAUUCCGGAGCAAGCCAUCUCAACAGGUGAUACUAGAUUACGAUUAUACUUUUACAACCCCGUACUCUGGAAGUGAAGUGAUUUCGAAAGGCGAAGAAAAGCAAGGGGCAGAUGCAGAUUUGGACGGGGAAACCGGUCUUCGAUGGGAGAACUGUGAAGAGCGGAUUGAUUUGGCGGCUCUCUCACUUAAAGAACCUAUUCUCUUCUAUGAUGAGGUAGUUUUGUAUGAAGAUGAACUGGCUGAUAAUGGGGUGUCACUUCUGACAGUGAAAGUGAGAGUCAUGCCAACUUCCUGGUUUCUUCUUUUACGAUUUUGGCUGAGAGUUGACGGUGUUCUCAUGAGAUUAAGGGACACGAGAAUGCAUUGCGUCUUUGACAAGGGCGAGACACCCACUGUUGUCCGUGAAAGCUGUUGGAGAGAAUCCACGUUUCAGUCUCAAUCCGCAAAAGGGUAUCCAAUGGAUUCAUCAGUGUAUAGUGACCCGAGCCGAAUCAGCCAGAGGCUUCCCGUGGUUAAGCAGACGACUCAAAAGCUGAAGAUCCCGCAGAAAUUGUAAACUCUUGGCAACUUCCGAGCCAUCCAGAAGGGGUAAACAUCAACAACGUCUACUGCGCAAUGCUUAUAUAUAUAUAUAUAUGUGUGUGUGUGUGUAAGCUUAUUUAGAGUCACCAUAAAAUACUACUUUGUGGUUAUGUUUGAUCCUGAAAUCGAUCGAUUCGGUCGAUGAGCAUUUGGUGAAUGGCAGUGUCUUUUACGCUGAGAAUUUGUGGUGUUUCCGAAUUAAUUUACUUUUUUUUUAAAAUAAAAAACCAUAAAUACUUUUA